CCCGCCUCCUGCAAGCCCCGCGCCUUCCUUGUUUCUAGCAGAGGAAGUUGCAGCCAGUUUAGCAACUGCACCUCUCGAGAGCAUGGGCUCCUCGGCACCCGCGAGAGGCCCGGCUGCCCGCUCACUCGGCCACAGAGGCAGCAGCUGAUGGAGAGGCGGUGACGGCGCUCCUGGCAGUCCCUCGGCUACUCCCAGGGGAGACCACGCCCCGCUGCUGAAGUAAGCUGUGCUAGUGCCUAAACCAGAAAGAACCAGAGAGCACGUUUCCCUUCUCAAAACUUCACCAGAAUUACUGUCAACAUAUGUAUGAUGAGAAGUGCUGGAUUUUUCUCUCUCUGCCCAAGAAAAGUCCCCAUUAAGUAGACCUCAGCAUAUGCUACCUUGCAUUCUAUGAGGAAGAAGGGCUUUGUUGAGCUUCGGGAUUAAUGUCUCCUGGCCCUGGUGGGUCCUCAGAACUCAUGGAGCCUGGCCCCAACCCCCCACGCUGAUGUGCUGCAGACGUGGGAUCCGCAAGCCCCCAGGACGGUACCUGAGGGGAUGGUAAUCAGACGGCAUAUUUCAAGAGCACCUCAUCAUUCUCAGGUGCUGCUACGUACUUUCAUUGCAUAAUAAUCCUGGAAAGCGGUAUUGUUGGCCCUACUUUAAAGAUGGGGACAUUGAGGCUGGCAAGCAUGCCAGGACUCGGCAAGAUGUCACAGAUCAGCAGAACCAGGGCAGACCCUGGCGCCAGGUCUUAGGACCUCAGCUCAAAGACCUCCGGAUCCCCACCUCUCAGAUGAGAACAUCAGGGCCAGGGUGGGCUUGAGAAUGCCAGCAGGAACGGACAGCGACUUCCUGGCAGUGCUGAGUGACUACCCGUCUCCUGACAUCAGCCCCCCGAUAUUCCGCCGCGGGGAGAAACUGCGCGUGAUUUCUGAUGAAGGGGGCUGGUGGAAAGCCAUUUCUCUUAGCACUGGUCGAGAGAGUUACAUUCCUGGAAUAUGUGUGGCCAGAGUUUACCAUGGCUGGCUGUUUGAAGGGCUGGGCAGAGACAAGGCAGAGGAGCUGCUCCAGCUACCAGACACGAAGGUCGGCUCCUUCAUGAUCAGAGAGAGCGAGACCAAGAAAGGGUUUUACUCACUCUCGGUGAAGCACCGGCAGGUGAAGCAUUACCGCAUCUUCCGUCUGCCAAACAACUGGUACUACAUCUCCCCGAGGCUCACCUUCCAGUGCCUGGAGGACCUGGUGAACCACUAUUCAGAGGUGGCUGACGGCCUCUGCUGUGUCCUGACCACACCCUGCCUCACUCAGACCACAGCCACCCCGGCAGAAAGGGCCCCCGACUCGCCCGUCACCUUGCGCCAGAAGACCUUCGACUGGAAGAGGGCAUCCAGGCUCCGGGAGGACCCUGAGGGGGCAGGAAGCCCACUGGGCGUGGAUGAGUCCCUUUUCAGCUACGGCCUCCGGGAAAGCAUUGCCUCCUACCUGUCCCUGACCGGCGAGGACAACACCUCCUUCGAUCGGAAGAAGAAAAGCCUCUCCCUGAUGUACAGCGGGAGCAAAAGGAAGAGCUCUUUCUUCUCGUCACCGCCAUACUUCGAAGACUAGCCCGAGAACAGACUCCAUGGCAUUUGCCCAAAAUAACAGAGGUUUGAAUUGUCACCUGGGAUCUUGCACGCUUUCCUGGUCCCUGGGAAGCCUCACCUCUUCCAAGAGCCAAGAGAAGCCACAUGGAGAAUUGAACUUGCGCCUUCUCCAUCUGCCUCAUGACAAAGGGAAACCCCUCAUUGGCACGUUGCGAAAUGUUGACUCCCGGCCUCCUGGCGAGGCGGGUGGGAGAGCCCGGCGCGCAUGCGUGCUUGCCGUGUAGGUGGGAGGGACCAGCGCUCUCCCACGGGACUCAGAGGACCACUCGGCACUGCCCGGAUGGGUGCCCUCUGAGGCCAUUGCAGAGAACAUCUGAAUGAGAAAAGCCUGAGACGAAGAUGGGCCAGAAGCAGGUCUGGGUUUGCAGACUGACCCCCUGCACUGAACUUUCUUAAGUGUCCGUCCAUACAGAGACCUCUACGACGCAGCUCCUCUCCUUUUAAGGGCGCUCAGUGACACUAAACGCUAAGCUUCCUUACCAGCCCCGAAUCAGGAGCUCCCUCUGCGGUCUCAUUCCAAAGCCAUGUGUGCAGAAGUCAGAGGGCCUCCUUACUUCUGCCGAGGCCAAGACAAAGGGGAGACAGGGCGGCUGCUGGUGGGAAAGCACAGGGGGUGGAGGUGGGGGUCCCGAAACUGCGUGAUACUUCAUGACGUCCCCAACCAUGGCUUCACAGCACAGAGAAGGCUUCUCUAGGAGGCUGAGGCUCUUGUCUGUAUUAGUGCAUCAGUUCUGCACUCAUGAUUGCCAGAAGAGGAGCUAUGUUAAGCCCUAUAUAAGGUGUCAAGUUAAAAAAAAGUGUGUAUAUAUAUAUUUAUAUAAAAUAUAUGGUGUCACUAUACAUGCACACAGGCCCUAGCAGCAUAAACAGGGAGACGAGUGUGUAAACAAACAUUGUGAAAGAGGGGUGCAAAGGAGGACCCAGCUCACGGCUUUGUGUGGGACUGGGGUUGGGUACAAGGGACCCAGGAGCUCAUGUUUCAGCUGCAUCUUUAGACAGUGGAAGGGCUGGCUGGACUGAAUAAGGGAGAAUGGCUGGACUUUUGGGGGGAAAAAAAGGGAAAUUGAUCAGUUCUAAAGAAAUCAUUCAUCCAGUAUCUUAUUCUAAGAAGAGUCUGGCAUCCACAUAAAUAAAAAUGCUGAGCUCCAGAAAAGAUGGUCAUCAGAAUGGCUUAAUUCUGUCAAACAUAAUUUUUAAGCGAGGAGAGAAAAAACAGCCAACUUCUAGAGAAGGAGAAGCGUUUCUCUCCGGAUGCCGUUAGGAAAGGGCUGCAGAGGCAUCGUGACCCGUGUUCCCCGCUGCAAAGGGCAUCCGGGGAGGAGGGGUGCUGCCCUUAGAAAAGCCGGUCUGCUCAGCACGUGCCUUCUGGCCAGCUGAGAUCACAUGCGUUUACAUGCUUUUCUGUGUUAUCAGAUUCCAGGGUGUUUAUCCAAACGACAUUUGUGGUUUUCUCGACACUCCCCGAGGGCUGUUUCUAAGGGGCCGGCCAAUGUAUGGGAAAUGAAUGUAACCUGGACGCCGACGUCCCCACAGGCAGCAGGACCUCGCACACUCCAGGUGUUUGUGCAGUGUCCUCUGGGUUGCUUUCCGUUGUGGCUGACGUCACUGGAACGUUUGGGAGCAUGAGGGGGGGAUUCCUAAGUGGGAAGCAUUACACGUUGCUAAAUCAUGUAUUUAUUCCUGAUUAAGAUAAACCUAAUAAAUAUUUAAUUCUUGGAA